UACUUCGGUGACAUCAAGCAUAUCUAGGUAUGGCUUCGUGGAAGGGAUUACACGCUUCGCGCUUCUCCUUGUCCGAUAGCCCUUGAGCACGUCUACCUUGACGGUAGGCCAUAUUCACUGAAAGGGCCAAUUAUUCCUUCACUUUUCUUCUUUUUGUCGCCAAUAUUUCCCUGCUUUUAAUUUUUCUUCUUCCUCUGAAUGACUGUUUGCGCCAGAGUUUCCCCUUUCCUUUCUUCACCGACCAUCUGCGUCUGUUAGGAUAUCGAUCCGGGUUUCCUCGGAACCAUCCCGGACGAUGACGCUUCUUGGGUUGAUUAUCCUCGCGUUUGUGCUGGCUGUUAAUGCAAGCCUGAGCGCAAACUAUCCUGUGAAUGCCCAAUUACCACCUGUGGCUCGAGAAUCCAACCCGUUCAAGUUUGUCUUUUCUCCAGGCACUUUUGGUGGCACUGAUGCGGAUACGAAAUACUCGCUGGAGGAUGCGCCGUCAUGGCUUGCUGUGGAGAGCAAAAGCCGUACCUUGUCUGGAACACCUCGGUCGGAGGACGUUGGGGAGCAGAAGUUCAAGCUCGUUGCAGAAGGCCCGUCCGGGUCUGCGAGCAUGGAAGUGACCUUGGUCGUGAGCGCAGAAAACGGUCCGCAAUCUGGAAAACCAUUGCUACCGCAACUCGAAAAGUUCUGUCCUACCUCAGCACCCUCGACGAUCUUUGUGCGUCCUGGUGACUCGUUCUCGCUCUCGUUCGACUCGGAAACAUUUGUCGGCACAGGGAAUUCGACCGUAUAUUAUGGAACAUCACCGGAGAAUUCGCCGUUGCCAUCCUGGGUUCGAUUUGAUCCUGAUGAUCUUCGAUUCUCUGGAACAACCCCAAAAGGUGGCCCGCAGAGCUUUACGUUCAACCUAAUCGCAUCGGAUGUGCUUGGCUUCAGUGCCGUCACAUACACUUUCGAAAUGGCCGUCCGCCCGCAUAUCCUUUCGUUCAAUAGUACCCUACAAAUGUUUAGUCUGAGUCGAGGUGGCGAAUUCAUAAGCCCUGCGUUUCAUGAGUACCUGACAUUGGAUGGCCGAAAUCCUACGGAGGAAGAUUUGACAGACAUAUCCGUGGAGGGUCCCGAAUGGAUAACUCUGGAUAACAAGACGCUCACCUUGAGCGGCACCUCGCCAUCUGACGCAAAGAAUGAGAAUGUCACCAUCUCAAUCACGGAUGUUAAUGAAGACGUGACCAAUAUGGUCGUCAUUUUGCAAUACUCGCAACUAUUUCUCGAUAGCGUUGCGGGGUGUGAUGCAACUAUUGGAGAGGACUUUUCAUACACCUUUGACGAAUCGGUCUUGACUGACGACUCCGUCGACCUUAAGUUAAAUACAAAUAAACAGCUCCCCUCAUGGCUGCACUAUGAUACGGAGAAGAAAAAACUCUAUGGCUCUGUCCCGGAAGACGCCAAUUCCCAGAAGUACACCGUCGACCUGACUGCUACCAAGGGAUCAACUGAGGAUACGCGGAAGUUUACCAUCAACAUUGCGGAAGCAGGCCAUCAUGACAAUGCCAAUACCGACAAGUCCGUGGAGCCCGGAAGCGCGACUGGCACCAGUGGUAAUAGUUACCAGAAGAAAGCUGGAAUCAUCGCCAUUGCUGUUAUUAUCCCGUGCGUAUUUGUGGCUAGCGCCAUUGUACUCUUUUUCUGCUGGCGUCGCAAGCGCAGGGGAGGGCCCUCGCACAACAAUGGAGACUUUCCACCAGAAAAACCACCAGCAGGUCCGAAUGCUCAACCAUCACUACCCCAAUGCCAACCCUUUGAAGACACGAUUUCACAUUCAAUGCCUCCCCCGGCCCAAGGCACUCCUCCACCUUCGCCGCCACCGAAAUUGGAGCUGAAGCCAUUCUUUGAUGCAACUACAUUCGAAAAGACAGAUACUUUUGUAACAGAGGAACCGUUUGAAGAUUUAAUGGCGGACAAGGAGAAUUCCCGACCACGAUCGACCAUUGGAUGGGAUUUCUCAUCAUUACACGAGCAGCCUGGACAGGGACCAGGACCUGAAGACGUGCUGGCUCAAGACAAGCGUUGUUCAUUGUAUGCAAGUCCCUCAGUUCGACGGCAGACCAGCCAACCCAAGAGACGAGAACCGCUCAAACCCAUCCAAGGGCGGCGCUCGCUGAAACGUAAUUCAGCAGCUUCGUCUCGUUCAAAGCGCCUCUCGAAGCAAUCUAGUGGAAUCUCCUCUGUGACUUCGGGCCUUCCUAUCCGUCUCAGCGGAGCGGGCCAUGGGGCAGGCGGGUUCGGUCCCGCUGGCCGUGGAUCGUGGCACGCAUCCAUGCGGAAUGACGAGGAAGGGCUUGGCAACCUAGCCCCGUUGUUCCCGCGACCUCCGCCGCGGGCACGGGAGAGCAUUGAGUACGCCAGACGGGCGAGCAUGCGCGCGCUCGGCCGGGAGGACUCGACCAUUUCCGAGUCUGACUCGCUAGAGGCGUUUGUCCACACUCGCGCGAAGAGUAGGAACUCGACGAACCCGAUGUUUUCGGGGCAAGGCAACCGACGAACAUCUUUAGGGUUCCGGGCAUUGGAACGGAAGCGGAGCACCCUUAGCCGGGCCGAUACAGAAUCAACGGGAAACUUCACCAACUAUGACUACCGCCAGUCGCUGCAGGAACGACCGUAUUCGAUGGCGAGGUCGGCGUCGAUAUAUACGAACGACAACCGGCAGUCAGUAUAUCUACCACCGACAUCACGUGUGUCGUCAUACAUGCAAGCACCACCAGCAACCUACCCGAGUCAGUCGAGCCUGGCACAGAACUACCGUGAUGUGCUCUCACCACUCCCGCACUUCAUGACAGAAGCAAGCUUGACCCAGGGUGGUCGACAACUCGAGGACGUGGAGGAACAUAGCACUGUGAACGGUGAAUCACAAUACGGCGGGGCUCAUUUUAGGGAGCAGCGACCAUCCGCACUACAUAGGCGGUCUUCUUCUUGCUACGACUGGCGGCGGGUGAGCACAUACACGACAGAGGAAGAGCUGAUGCGGGGCCGAUUACAGAAGAGCCCAUCAUUGCCGCUGGACGACUCCCGUGGGCGACGGAUGAGUAGCCUGUGGUCAGCAGGUGUGGACAAGGAGAAUGAGCCGAGAGGUAUGUCAAGUGAACAAACAUGGCAGACAUUGAGCGUGGAAGACAGUCACGACUUUCCGCGUGAUCGGACGGGGAGUUCAUUUGGAACGUUUCUGUAGAAAGUGUUCUUUGCAUGAUAUCCAGGUGAUUUAUUGUUCAUUCAAUGUUGGC